AUGCCAAAAACCGUCGAAUACAGCGUAUUCCGCGGCUCAGAAGGCGGCGCCAUCAUCACCGAAACAGUCAAACGCACGAUCCAGCCCAACGAAGCCCUAGUCGAAAUCUCACACGCCGGACUCUGCGGAGCGGACAAACUGUCAAAGAAAAAGAAUAUCCCAUUGGGUCAUCACGGAGCUGGGAUAGUGCGAGAAAUUGGAUAUGCAGUGCAGUAUGUCAAGAUAGGCGACAGAGUCGGGUUCAACGGAUCGCAGGUUCCGUGCGGGAACUGUGAUUGUUGCAUUGGGGGCAAGGAGCAAUACUGUGCGCAGCGCGAGCAUUUCGAAAAAGUCGGAUCCUUCGCGACGCACGCCGUGUGGCAAGAGAACAUGCUCAUUAAGCUUCCCGAGGGCGUGGAGUCGAAAUAUGCUGCUCCCCUUAUGUGCGACGGUGCGAUUAUGUGGGAGGUCUUGACAUCGAAUGACGUGAGACCGGGAGAUCGAAUUGGCGUUUAUGGGAUUGGGGGACUGGGACACGUUGCUAUUCUCAUGUCGGGUGCACUGGGCUGCGACGUGGUUGUAUUCUCGAGUAGUGAGUCAAAGAGACACGAUGCAAUGGCAACUGGCGCAAAGGAAUUUCACGUCACCCAUGAUAUUGUCCCGGAGACUCCUGUAGCGCCAGUCCAGCAUCUCUUCUGGUGCCGAGAUGGACCGCCUGAUUUCUCCAAACUCCUAUCGCAAGUAUCCUGCAGCGGCACUAUAUACAUCCUCGCCGUAGGUCUUGAAACAGUACCCGUGCCCAUGCAUUUGGUGGUCAAGAACGGCAUCCGGGUCCAAGGGUGCUCAAACGCCUCCCGGAAAACCAUGCGGAAUAUGCUGCAAUUCGUACGACUUCAUGACAUCCAACCGUGGAUUAUGACUUGGCCUAUGACUGUGGAUGGUGUUCAGGAUGCAUUCGAGGCGCUCAACCAGAGUAAGAUACGAUAUCGGGGGGUUUUAGUAAGGGAGUGUGGGGAUUAG